AUAAGAGACAGAUAACUUCAAUUAUUAUCCACUUAUCUGCCUGAGAUCCAGGGAGUGUGGUAACAAACAGAGGGCCAAUACAUCACCGUGCCUCUCCGCCUGCAUUGCUGUUGUAUUUGUACAGAGCUCUAGUUUCAGGCUGGAAGAGGGAAAGGAGGCGUUUGUUGAAUCCAUUCCUGGCUAAAGUGGGGUGCAUGGAAAAUCCAUUUCCACAUAAGAUGUGACCCAUUGUGGAGACAGCUGGAGUGUCAGUUUCAUGUCUUGUUCUGUACACUCUGUCUGGGAAGAAGGCUUGUUUACGACACUUACAACAAACAUCUUUGCUGAUACAAUGGAAGAAAGCAGGAUUGAUUCUCUCUGGAAUUGGCUUCUUGUAGUAUAUUGAGAUGAACAUAAAGAAAGUAUGGGUUGUACCAUCAUUGACUGAAAGGAAACCACCACCUAUGUGAAAAAUGUAAAUCAGAUACCAAGUCUCUUCUGAAGUCAUGGGCUGUGGCAUUUCUCUAAAGAAGAACCAGGCGAACAAAUCAGAACGAGCCAUCAAAGCAGCUGUCCUCAUCCAAAGGUGGUAUCGGUCAUACAUGGCUCGAAUGGAGCUGAAGCGGCAAUAUGCCCUUAGCAUCUUUCAGUCAAUUGAAUAUGCAGAAGAACAAGCACAGCUACAGCUGUCCAACUUCUUCACAUUCAUGCUGGACCAUUUUACUCAAGCAAAUGAGUCCAAUCCAGAAAUCAGCUCUCACUUUGUCUCCAUUAUGGGCAAUUACAGCACGGCAGGCUCAGAUCCUGCCAUGACAGAGUAUGAGAGGACUAUAGAGGUGCCCACCUCUUACUAUGGUCCUCGCCUGUGUUUUCCCCUCACUGUUGCUGACACUCAUGUGCUGCUUCAGGCUUUCAAGCAUCGUCAGCAUCUUCAUGCUCGAUAUGUGCUCCAACUGUUGCAUGAGACCAGAAAGGUCCUUCAGCAGAUGCCAAACAUCACUCAUCUGUCAACCUCUUAUGCCAAGGAAAUCACUAUCUGUGGUGAUCUGCACGGGAAACUGGAUGACCUUUUGCUGAUUUUCUACAAAAAUGGCCUCCCUUCAGAAGAAAAUCCCUACAUUUUUAAUGGUGAUUUUGUUGACAGAGGGGAAAAUUCUGUAGAAAUACUUGUGAUCCUGUUUGCAUUUCUGCUUGUCUAUCCUAACCAUUUACAUUUGAACAGAGGGAACCACGAGGAUUACCUCAUGAAUCUUAGAUAUGGUUUCACAAAAGAAGUUAUGAAAAAGUACCAGUGCCAUGGCAAAACAAUUUUACAUCUUCUUCAAGAUGUCUACAGCUGGCUUCCUCUUGCGACUAUAAUUGACAGCAAAGUCCUUAUCUUACAUGGUGGAAUCUCGGACACAACUGAUUUGAAUUUCUUGAAUCUAUUUCAGAGAAACAAGCUGAAGUCUGUGCUUAGACCACCAAAGUCAAAUACUGAAGCAAUCAAUGAUUCACAGAGAACUAGUCUUACAGGAGCCUGUUCCUAUGUAGUAGAAGUCAAGAAGUGCUCUCACAUCUUGAGUAAAGAAGCCCUGCGAUCUACAUCAGCAUCUGGUGACAGAAGACAAUACAGUAAGGGAGAGCAUCUUGACAACCUCUGUGACAGAAGUAUUUCUCAUCCAGUUCUAGGUGUGCAAUAUUGUAAGCCUUGCAGUGUUCCCACACCAUACACAUCUCCAGAAUUAACAGCAAAAGAGUGGAAGCAGGUAGUAGAUAUUCUCUGGAGUGAUCCUAAACAUCAAAAUGGCUGUACACCAAACAAAUACCGCGGAGGAGGUUGCUACUUUGGACCAGAUGUUACUGCCAGGUUGCUAAAACGUUACAAUUUGAAAAUGCUCAUCAGGUCUCAUGAAUGCAAACAAGAAGGCUAUGAGGUCAGCCAUAAUGGAAAGGUUGUCACUAUUUUUUCUGCUUCAAAUUACUAUGAAGAGGGAAGUAAUCGUGGGGCUUACAUCAAACUAAAUCCAGAUUUGAUACCUCGUUUUGUCCAGUAUCAAGUCAGAAAAUCUACACGUAAACAGACCCUGCAUCAGAGAGUGACCACAAUUGAGCUAUCUGCCUUAAAGUGUUUGCGAGAAAAAAUUUACACACACAAAUCCGAACUGAUUGCAGCUUUUAGAAAAUAUGAUCGGAACUGUACAGGAAAGAUAUCUCCUAGUGAAUGGGUUUCAGCAGUGGAAUCUGUUCUACAGCUUGACCUCCCCUGGCGAACCCUGCGUUCUCGGCUAGUUUAUGUGGCACGGGAUGGAAAUGUUCAGUACCUUUCAUCUUUUGAUGAUUUUGAAAUCAAACUACCAAUCAAAGAGGUUCAGCCAUCUUUGGUGGAAACCCUAUGUAGAUACAAAACUGAUUUAGAGAUUAUCUUCAAUACAAUUGACAGAGAUCAUUCAGGUCUUAUCUCUAUCGAUGAGUUCCACCAGGCAUGGAAGCUUUUUAACUUGCAUCUAAAAACUGAUCUAAAUGAUGAAUCCAUUGACAGCUUAGCCCAUUGCAUUGAUUACAACAAAGAUGGUAGCAUUGACUUCAAUGAAUUUCUAGAGGCUUUUCAUGUGGUCCAUAAAUUUGAGGAUAGGCACAGCUCCUAA